AUGAACACUGAAGUAAGAAGAUUACCUUUACUCGGUUCAUCGAACACGACUGAAAUGACUUAUGGCUUUGUUGCAAACAGUAUUGCUGUGAUCUUGUAUGGCAGCAACUUUGUCCCUGUCAAAAAGAUAGAAACUGGUGAUGGGAUGUUUUUCCAGUGGGUGAACUGUGCAUCCAUAUUGGUUGUUUCGAUGAUUGGUGACUUGAUGCUCCACUCCCCCAAAUUCCAUCCGUUGGCAAUGCUGGGAGGUGCAGCCUGGGCCACAGGCAGUUUGACAGUUGUCCCCGUAGUAAAAGCCAUUGGCCUUGGACUUGGAGUUUGUAUUUGGGGAUCCAGCAGUUUGCUGAUGGGCUGGAUAAGUUCAAGGUUUGGAUUGUUUGGUAUUGAAGCACAGGAAGUUGCCAGACCAGUAUUGAACUACUGUGGUGCUGGUUUGUGCUUGUUGAGUGGACUCAUUCUUUUCUUUGUGAGGACUAAUGUUGGAGAACAUCCACAUUCAGAAUGCACCCCCUUACUGAUUAACAGGAUUGUGAAUUCUGGUGUCUAUGGGCCUUCGGAGUCCUGGGUGGAUGUCAUGGGAGCAAAGAGAAAACGCUGUGUAGGCUGCUUGUUGGCUGUUGUUGCAGGCCUGUUGUAUGGGGCCUCCUUUGUUCCAAUCCUCUACAUAAAAAGCCAUGCGGCAGACCACGACAGCAUCUGCUAUGGAGCCAGUCUAUACGAUCUUGACUAUGUGUUUGCCAUGUGCUGUGGAAUCUACCUCACCAGCACGGUGUAUUUCUCCAUCUACUGUGCAGUCAUGAGGAACAGACCCAGGCUGUUCUCCAGAGCCAUCCUGCCAGGCUUUUUGUCAGGUCUGAUGUGGACGUUGGCCACUUAUUGCUGGUUUCUGGCUAACAACUACCUUAGUGCCGUGGUCACCUUUCCCAUCGUCUGUGCAGGUAAUUGUCUAGUUGCAGCUCUGUGGGGAAGUCUGGUUUUCAAAGAAGUCAAAGGUUUGGUGAACUGUUCAAUCUUCAUAGUAGCCUCCUGUGUUGUCCUGACUGGAUCAAUGUUGACGGCCUUCUCCAAUGUGUAA